AUGGCUCAGACACCAUCUACCUGUACCCACCCAAUACAGGGGAAGUGGGCCACGGGUCAGAGGUAUGAGAGGGUGUGGUCUGGCGGUGGGGAGAAAAGGGAGCCUAUUUUGGAGUUCCCGCUCAAGCUCUUUUGGGAGAAAUGUCCUGUUGGGAUGACAUCUCACUCAAAAAAGUUGUUUCAACUUGCAUUUGUGCCUCGAAUGAAUAUCAAGCAAGACAAAGUAGUUUUCAGGCAGAAUGAAGAGAAGUUGUCGAAAGUGCUUGACAUCUAUGAAAAGAGGCUCCGGGAGGCUCAGUUCUUGACUAGUGAUGAAUUUUAUUUGGCAGAUCUUUCACACUUGCCCAACACUCAGUACUUGGUCAGUGACACUAACAAGGGCAAUUCAUUCACUUCGAGAGAAAAUGUGGGGAGAUGGUGGGACGAGAUAUCGAGCCGAGAGCCAUGGAAGAAGGUGGUUGAUUUGCAAAAGGGUGCUUAG